CAAUGAAAGACAGCUGCGUCGUAGUUGAAUAGCUGCAAAAACGGGCAGCACAAGGCAUCACUGCACCGCCAGAGACUGCAAAAAUCGAGGCGUCGUAGUUUAACAGCCACCGUGGUAUUAGGCUUAUCGCUACACCAGUGCAGCAUCAAGGCAUCACUGCACCGCCAACGAGCGAAGAAGCAUGCGCGUGAUGCUCUUCGCGGCCACAGGAGCGCUGCGCUGCAGCAGCCUUCGCCUGAGCGCGCUGCGCACCAACGCUGCACGCCGCGGCGUCGCGUUGCAUGCCACAACUUCGGCCGCGCGCCAGGCGCGGCGCGCGGCGGCACUAAACGACGCGUCGAAUCCCUACGCCGGCAAGACCGUCGCGGACCUCAAAGUUUUGCUAAAGGAGCGGGGGCUGCCCGUGUCGGGCGUCAAGAGUGCGCUCCUCGAGCGGCUCGCGGCCAGCGACGGAGGUGCAUUGGCUGCGACCCCGCCGCGACGUGCUGACCCAGCCCUGAAGACGGUGGAAGCGGCCGAGGCACCGCCUCAAACUGUACCGAAGAAGAGCGAGCCCACGGGCCGGCCCUUCGCGACGCUCGGCCUGAGUUCGCGCCUCGCCGCGAAUUUAGAAAGCCAAUUAGGAGCGGACGCGCGCAUGACGCCGAUCCAGGAACUCGCGUUUCCCGCGGCGCGGCGCGGAGACGACGUCGUGGCAAGGGCGCAGACGGGCACGGGCAAGACGCUCGCGUUUCUAGUUCCGAGUCUGGAGCGCCUCGAGACCGACCUCAACAACAGGCGGCCGGCUUUGGUGGUACUGUCGCCGACGCGCGAGCUCGCGCAGCAGAUCCACGCCCAGGCUAUGAGCCUCUGCGAGGGUUUGGGGCUGCGGUGCGGCUGCGUCGUCGGCGGCACGAGCAAGGGCGGGGACCUGCGGCGACUGCGGCGCGGCGUUGAUGUAUUGUGUGCGACGCCGGGGCGGCUCUGCGACUUGCUGGGCGAGGACGCGAAAUUACUGAGGGGCACGAAAACACUAGUGCUCGACGAGGGCGACCGCUUACUGGACGAGGGUUUUGAAAGGCAGCUCUCGCAGAUCAUCGAGGCGUCUUCUAGAUCUCGUCAGACGCUGUGCUUUUCUGCUACCAUGCCGGCGGACCUCAAGCGCAUGCUCGACUCGGGCGCGGUCCGCUCGGAAUACGAGCGCGUCGACGCUACUGGCGCCGCUGGUUCAGUCGAUCAGACGGCCUCAAGGGUGGAUCUGCGGCGCGUCGCGCUACCAAAAGGCGCGGACGCGCUGGGCGCCCUCGCGAACGUCCUCAAGAAGCACAGGGAGGGCCGCGCGGGGUCCAAGGUCGUCGUGUUUCUUCCCACGACGGCCGCGGCCGAGCUGGCGUCGGCCUACCUCGCGAACCGAGGGCUCAGCAACGCCGCGUUGCACUCGCGCAAGUCCCAGGGCUACCGGACGCGCACGUCCAAUGAAUUCCGCGACGCCGACGUCGCGCGGGAGCACGCUCUUUUAGUUGCCACUGAUGUUGCGGCGCGCGGGGUUGAUUAUCCAGGUGUUUCAUUAGUCGUACAAGCCGGCACGCCCGACAACCGCGAGCAGUUCGUACAUCGCUCGGGGCGAACCGGCCGCGCGGGCACCGCCGGCGAAGCAAUACUACUCGUGGAGGACUGGGAGUUCGCGCUGGCGAGCGAUAUGCUGUCGGACGUGAAAAUGCUGGACAUAGACGCGACAGAAUUCCUCGACGCCGUGGCCGACGAUUCGCAAAAGGCGAUGAACCGCGUUAUGCCGGACAUACGGAGAAAGGCCUACGUGGGCUGGCUCGGCCACACGAACGCGCGGUGCAAGACGCUCGGCUGGUCGAAGCAGGAGCUCGUCGACCGCGCGAACGCCAUGGCGCGCGAGGACUACCUCCUGCGCGAGACGCCGUCGCUGACGCCGCGCGCGGUCGGCUUCAUGGGUUUGAAGAAAGUUCAAAACCUCCGCGUCGAGAAGCCACCGCCGCGGCAGAACCGCGGCGCGCCGGCGCCUGGGCGCCGCAAGCAGUCUCGGAAGCCGCGGCGCUAGUUUAUAGUUACCUGUAAAGUCUAAUUCGUUCGUAAAUCAUA